AUGAGUGCAUCGUCUGAAUUAAUUACUAAACCACCAAUAACUAAUUACCAUCAUAUGCAGAUGAUUAUGCAAUGGCCUCCAACCUUUUGUGGGAGGCCAGAUAAACCGUGCAAGCCCUCCGUAAAAAUGUCGGAUUUCUCAAUCCAUGGCCUUUGGCCAGGGAAUGCUACAGGUCACACUCCUUUUACGUGUAAUGUUCCUGAAAAUCCAACGACGGUCGAAAAAGUGUGGUUAAAUGACAGGAGCCUAAAGAAUUUCUUGGGGCUGUAUUGGCCUUCUUUGGAGGCUCGCUGGACUGACGAAAAGUUAUGGAAGCAUGAGUGGGCCAAGCAUGGGUAUUGCACAUCAGAAAUCGUCCCAGAUGUUGAAUAUUUUAAUGGGGCGAUAACAUUUGCGAGACGACUGAAAGAUAUGCUUAAAAUAUUAGAGAAUGGUAAAAUGGGUCCGAAAAAUCAUCCUGCUUACACCGUAAUGGGUAUGAAGACAUUUAUCUCUGAACAAGUGUUAAAAGAUAAAAAUAUUGAUGUUUACAUCUCAUGUGAUCAUCAGCGGGCCACUUCUUCUAACGUCUUCUUCUUGAAGCAAAUUCACUUCUGUUUGGACAAAUCGCUCAACACAUUCAUAUCUUGCCCCAAAAGUACAGCCACAAGAGGUUGUGGUAGAGUAGACGAUCAAAAUCUCAUAUUUCCUAUUAGUCUACGCAAGGAAGCUUAA